AUGCCGUUGCCACUCAUCACCGCAAUCGCCCUCACCGCGUCCGGCGAAGCAGCCGUCCCCGAGGAUGAGUACGCGGCGCUGCCCGAGUGGACCGCGAAGCUCUCGCCCUUUGCAAGCCGCUUUGCAGGCAAGAAGGUGCUCGUCACCGGCGGCUCCAGUGGAAUCGGCUUGGCGGCAGCGCUCGGCUUCCGCAACGAGUGUGCGGACGUCGUGAUCGCCGGCUCGAGCUCCGCCAAAGCGCAGCGCACGGCGGAUGCGCUGCGCUCGCAGACCCCUUCGGCCUGUCCGGGCGUGGCAGUGCACGCGGUCGCCGGCAAUCUGGCCAACGAGACGCAGGCACUGGGCGUGGUGGCAGAGGCGAUCCGCUUGCUGGGCGGGCUCGACGUCGCUGUCAACGCCGCGGGCAUGGCGGGAAUGCUCUACUCGAUGCACGCCGAGAUCAAGCACUGGGUCGACACGGGCAAGCGCGGCUCGGUGGUCAACGUGGGCUCGCUGUGCGGCGAGCACGCGGGCGUAUGCGGCACCAUGUACACCGCCUCCAAGUUUGCGACGCAGGGCUUCUCCAAGCAGGCCGCGGUCAAGUAUGCGCCGCGAGGCAUCCGAGUCAACAUGCUGAGGGACGACUACGGCGAGCGGCUCGGGCCCGACGACCCAAAGUGGACAGAGGGCCGCAAGGCGAUCAGCCGCGCCACGCGGAGCCCGGACCGUGCGGUGCCGGGAGAGCCGGGAGAGCUCGCGACGCCCGCCGCCCCUCGGCAGGCGGUAGACCGCGCCAUCCCGCUCGGCUCCAUCGCCGAGCCGUGGGAGAUGGCGGGCCCGAUCCUCUUCCUCAGCGACAACGGGCGCGCCUCCUACGUCACCGGCGCCACCCUCUCGGCCGACGGCGCCCUCACGCAGGCGCGCGCGCCCUCGCGGACGCGGGGCGCGUUGGGCGGGCGGCGGUCACUCAUUAGCGCCACUCGCAUCCCACGCCAGGUGGGUGCCUUCAACUCGGAGGUGGCGGCCAUCGAGGGCGGCAUCAAGGCGCCCCCGCCGACAACGAAGAGCGAGCUCUGA